CUGAUUCAGAGAGUGACCAAGACCAAUCCAUUAAUUCCAAGAAGAAUUUUUUCAAUAGGACUUUGAUAAAUCACCACGUAACGCCACGACCCUCGCUCCAUUCUCGAGUUCUCCACUCGAAAGUGUUGAGCGCGUCAAUCAAUAUUUAUUUAACCUUAUUCAACCUUGCCACUCCAUUUCACUUAAACUAUCAGCAGGCGGGGUAUGGUAUACACCUGGGCAUGUUCAAAUAUCAAACAUAGUUCGAAGUGAACCGUAUCUCGCUCUGAUCUAUGCAAAACAUGCUCGAAGGAUACGAAGUUAGGUCGCUAUCGACUGCACCGGACUAUGCCAACGGCCAAGGAGGACUAAAUUUUCAAACAAGCAAAUCGUCGUGUGCGAAAAUGAAUCCGAGUUUGCACAAAGAGGAUAGUCCUGACAGCGCGGCGUUCAACAGCUCAGAACAGUUACAACUAAACGAGCUUCACGAAGCGAAGAUUCGCGCGGUUCAAAUGGAGAAGACGAUGCGCUGGUGGUCGGAUUGCACGGCAAAUUGGCGAGAGAAAUGGGGGCAAGUGAAGAACGAGCGCAACAAAGCUAGGGACGAUAUUAAAGUCCUCAAACAGAGACUCGAUGAUGCCAACCAUGAAAUUUAUCAGCUGAAACGAGAGAGGAACGAGUUCAGAGAAGGCAAUACUCAACUUCGCAAAGACGUCGAAAAAAUGGCCGCGGAGCUGAGGCGAGAUCGACGCGCGUUUGUGCCGCCAAUGAGGAUCGUGGAUGGCUCAAAUAUGCAUCUCUCGAGCAUGGUAAAAUCCCAGACGGACGCGACAGAAAUUUCACAAGAUGAAAAGCCCCCAAAGGACGGCAGCAUGGCAGCUUUAAUAACUGACGCACAGGCUUUUGUUGAGAUAACCAAAGCCCACGAAGCCGAUAAGAAAUUCUUGGAUGUAGAGCAAUCUUUAAAUUCUGCUCAAGAACAGAAUGCGGUGAUGCUUGAUGGUUGCAAGAAAACGAGAGAAGACGACAGUUUUUUGAGUGAAAUGAAAAAAGAGUUGGAAAGUUUGAAAGAAAAGCUUCAAAAUACCGAGUCCCAAGUCACAGAGGAAAUACGGUCGAAGGAAAAUUUAUCAAAAACAGUCGACAAACUCACAGCAGACAUAGAAGAUUUGAAAACUUCCCUUCUGGAUGAAACGAAUGCCAAGGAGAACGCAAUAAACGAAUUGAAUUGUUUAAAAGAAGAGUUGGAAAAGAAAGAAAAUGAAAAAGCGAAUGCAAGUAACGAUAAGAUUCCUAACGGAAACGUUCGUGUUGCCUACAGCACCAAUAGCGUGGAUAGAAAAGUCAAAGACCUUCGGCUAGAGAUCGAGAGAUUACAAAAAGACAAUGCCUCAGAAUGGAACAAACGCGAGAAAUUAGAAACCCAAAAGUUAAAUGCAGAAAGGGAAAAUAAGAAACUUCGUCAUCAAAUAACGGACUUAAGCAAUGAAAUGAAGACGAAAGUGGAUGAAAUCACACAGGCUACCGAUUUCAAACUAAAGCAAGUCCAAACAGAGCUUGAAGACAAGAAAAAGGAGCUGGCUGAUUUAAAACUGGCUCACAUGAAGUUAAAAAAAGUUUACCAAGACAAAAAAGAAGAUAUUUUGCACAACAAGACACGGGUGGAUCAACAUGAAGAUGAGAUUAAAAAACUUCGCGGAAGAGUUGACGAACUCAAAAUGAAACUAACCACAGCCGAAGACGAGGUUGACCAAAAAGAAAAUUUAUCUCGAAAAUUACAGAGACAAUUGGACGAUCAAACCCAACAAUGUCACGUGCUUCGAGUCCAGAUGGAACAUUUACAGUCCAGAUGGACACAAAUGACCAAAUCAUCACGAACACUAAAACGAGGCGACCGGCACAGCUGCACGGAUGACGACGAUUUACUGGAAAUAGAUCUAUGAACUAAAUUGAAUUCUAAAUCCUAAAUUUGGCACAUUUUUGUAAAGUUGGAUGGGAUAUACUAUACAAGAUAGAAGCGAUUAUUUAGCAUAAUUUUAAAAUUAGUUUUAGAUAGGGCAAUGUGAGGAUCAGGCGAAAAGACCUGCGCCCAACAAUGAGGAAUUUCGUUUUCGCCAAUCAGAAAAUUUGUUUAUGGCGAUUAGUUAAAAACGAAAUUUCUCAUUGUUUCUGUGCGCGAUUAUAUGAUUGCUUUGAACACAAGAGUUUUUUGUGAAAAAGCGUAGGCCUGGAGUCGUACAUUUUUUCUAUAAAAACUGGAUGUUGACGAAAUAAAAGCAGCAUUAAAAGCCAUUAUGUAAUAGUUUUCUAUUUUUUGAUAUUAAAACCAAACAGUUCCAAUUCCUAACUGUCCUGUCUUGAGUGGUUUUUGCAAAAACAUCUGGUAAAGAAUGACAUUGUCGUGUUUCAACACAAAAGUGUAAAAUAAUGUUUGUCUCUCGGCUGUGA